AUGACACGUUUUACAAGUUUAGUAGGUAUAAGAUAUACAUUACUCAAUGGUUCUGCCAGUUGGAAAUUAUUCUGGAUUGGCGCAAUUUUUCUUGGUACAGGAUGUUCAGUGUAUCAUCUUAACAGAUUGUUUUUAGUGUUUAGAGAACACACGAUUAAGACAACUAUUAAUCAUGUUCACAGUCGAACUCAAAGAUUUCCACAUGUAACAAUCUGUAACCUGAAUCAUCUGAGGAGAAGUUUGGUUGCUCAGAAUUCUAUUUAUGCCGUGAUAAGUGGACUGAAGAGAAAGCAGGGAAAAGACUAUGUUAAGGAUGGACAAGACGUAUUCAACACCCUGGAAAAAAUGGGUCAAAAGGAAAUUUUAAAUCAAAUGGCAACUGAAUUAAAAACACGUCAAAGUCAUCAAUUAGACACCAUGUUAAUCAGCUGUAUGUUUGAUAACCAGCCGUGUAACGUCAGAUUUCUUUAUGUGUUUAUUUGUGUGCAUGGGCUGCGAGAUUUGAGCUUUUUGUAUGUGGUCGUGCUUGAUUGUAAACUUUCAGUAUUUGUUGAUGGAUUACGCAUGGAGUUAUUUGUUGAACUGAAUGAAUAUAUUGGUAAAUUCUCCUCAACAUCUGGCUUUAAACUAUUGGUACAUGAUACGAAUUCGGUGCCGUUUCCUGUUGAAGAUGGUGUUAUAGUCAGUCCUGGAACGCAUACACAGAUAGCUUUUAAAAAGACUGUUAUACACAAUGUACGGUAUCCAUUUGGUAACUGUCGUGAUGGAGAGACCCGUAAAUAUUUCACUGAACAAUGUUCCAAGUCCUGUCUACAAGAGCACCUGUUAUCACACUGUAAAUGCUACGAUCCGAGAUACAGCUUUGGCACCGAUUUCAAUCUUCGUACUAAACUUCUGGGACAGUGUGAUUCGACGCAGUCAGAGAAAUGUGCUAACGAAAUUACCAAGCAGUAUAAUGCAGGAGGAAUUUGCGUAGAAGAAUGUCCUCUUCGAUGUAUGAAUAAUUUUGUUAAGCUGGAUGUAUUUUAUAAUCAACUUAAUAACAUACUUAUUGAUAAGCAUCCAUCUUAUUCGUACAGUCCUUCAAAACCAACUGAAUAA